AUGACUCGAAUGCAGCGGCGCUGUGUUGCCUUCGUCCUCGGCGUGGAAGUUGAGGGGCUUCGUCAUGCAAAACUUGGCCUUGAGAUAUUGGCGGCUGCUUGCAGGAAAUCUCCGAUGUUCAAGGAGGAGGACGUGCACGUGCACUCUGUGCAACGAGGAUCAGCUAUGCGGAGCAAGGUGUUGAGAGAUCUGGAGGACAAGGUUGCACAAGUCUUCGACUCACUGGAAGACGAUGCUAUUGUGCUUGCCUUCUACAUUGGGCAUGGUUCCCUCACGCUGGAGGGCUACACGAAAGUUCACGACUUGCUUUUUCAACUGGAACCGCGUCUUCUCAGCCAAGCUGUGACGACAUCGCACCGACGACUCACAAUCGUAACUCUCCCAUUUUGCUGUCGACGGAGAGUGUCAGAUCCUCCGUCAUGGCCGAACGUUCAGCCUUUGCUGCAGGAGUUUGGGCAAAACCAGAUGGGAGAAUUCUUCCCGUUUCAAAUGUGCGCUGACGGAAAUGAAAUCCCCGAUUGCUUGGUUGCGGAAGUAGCGAUGGCCCGACUUCUGUGCAGACCUCCAGCAAAUCUGCAAUCCCUUUUCAGAAAAUUCCGCGAUGAUGUCCGCACGUACACCUGGAAGCACAUCGAGCCACAGUCUGCGUUCUUCAACCAUGCGGAGAUAAUCUGGCUGCAUGAGAACCCCACCUCACCUCCCCGACAAAUCUUGCCCGAGUCGGCAGUGGAUGCCGGGGCAAGAGCGGUUUUACUGGCUAGGCAUUUUCACGAACUUUCGAGGGAGCGCAUCCACGAGCUACAUGAGCUUGAUGAUGUCGACCAAGUUCUUGGUUGUAUCGACCAAGUUCUUGGUGGUAUCGACCUAGUCCUCUGCACUCUAGCGCCCCUGUUUCGCCUCCGCGGAGCCUCGUGGCUUACGAAUCUGGAAGUUCAGCUCGCUGCUGUGCAAACUGGUAGCUUGCGGGAGGCUUGCGGCGUGCUUUGGGCCGUGGCAGAGCAGCCGGACAUCACAGAGGAGGAAGUGGAUGCAACGGAGUCGUGGACAAACAUUUCGCCAGAAUGCAUGGAUGAACUCUACAUGUCCAUUCGUACCUGGAAGGAUUUCCCAGAGACACUAGACGCCAUUCCCGUGUUGAUGGGUCUCAUGAACUUUCUGACAAUGGAUGACGGAGACCGCGACGAAGCUCAAAGGAGGGUCCUGAUCGAUAGCACGAAUUGGCUCGCCAGCCAAAUCGGCUUAGAGUUCAACCUGCCUCACCGACGUGCGCUAGACUGCCGCCACCUCGCGCACGCUUACUUCCACGAACCAGUCAAGCCAGUCACAGCUUAA